GGUAGUGUCUUCACUAUAGGUAGAUAGGUACACCAUUUAAACAAGACAAAUGUAUCAACUGCAAUAGUUUAGAACAUUUUUCACUAAUAUUAUUAUUCCAUCAUUGUAACACAUGCAACUACUGGUCUAGUAUCCGCCGCAGUGUUAACCUAGAGAGAUAUUCCAAGAGUCUACAGUUAUUAUCAUACGCCAUAGGAUUUAUCAAUAUGAAGCUCGUUUUAUACCUAUGUUUAAUUUCCGUCUUAAAAACAAUAUCAGUAUGUGGCGAUGACGAAGAUCCUACGUUAGCAUUGAUGAUGAAGAACUUUAAGGGCAUGGGAAAAGUUGAUUUGUAUUGUUGUAUAUCCAACUUUGGCUUGAUAAAGCCAGUUGACGCCAAAUUGGGAUUUAGGUCAUUUUCAAAGUCAUUUCGUGAUAGAUUGAUUAACUACAUUGGUGACCUUAAUAAAAAAGAGAAAACUCCGGAAGAAUUAGAUAACGAUAUAAUAGUCCCAAUCUGUGAAAAAUAUGGACGUUGGAAAGACAGAUGUUUAGAGACGCUACAAUUGUGUUUUACACAAUUUCGGAAGCAUCUGGUCAGAGAACGAAAAGUUACAGCGCCUAAUACGGCUUAUCAACACCUUGUAAAAUUUUAUAAUACUGUAACUAAGAAAAAUAAAAAGCUAAAGCUGAAAUCGGAUAAAUCUGUGGUAGAAAAUGUAGUUGUAGAACCUGCAGCUGUAGUACCUAAAGCUGAAGAACCUGCAGUUGUAGUACCUAAAGCUGAAGAACCUGCAGCUGAAUGUUCUGCAGGAGAAAUUGAAGAAGAUUGAACCAUUUUAUUUCUAUUUAAAUAUUUAUUUUCAAAUACAUGUUUAAAAAAAAACUGUUCUUUUAUCAUUAGUCAUUAAAAUA